CUACUGGGCGUUGGCUUAUUGUCUUGUCUCUGGAUUGCUUAACUGGAACGCCGAAAGCUCACGUUCCGUUUUGUACUCUCGGAGCAAAGAAAGAACAAUCUGGAGCAGGAGCAGGAGCAGGGAGAUUCUGGUGCAGAGAUGGCCUCCUCUGCCGCUAUAGACGGCACUGCAUCCGCGGCUCUCAGGUCCGUGCUUCAGCGCGUACGGCUAGCCGCCGAACGUUCCGGUCGCGGCUCCCAGCAGAUCCGAGUCGUAGCUGUUAGCAAGACCAAGCCGGUUUCCGUCAUUCGUGAAGUUUACGAUGCUGGCCACCGAUGCUUUGGCGAGAACUACGUUCAGGAGCUCGUUGAGAAAGCUCCUCAGCUUCCGGAGGAUAUCGAAUGGCAUUUCAUCGGGAAUUUGCAGAGCAACAAAGUGAAACCACUUCUGACUAGCGUCCCAAACCUUGCAAUUGUUGAGAGCGUGGAUGAUGAGAAGAUUGCAAACCGUUUGGAUAAUGUGGUUGCAAGUAUUGGGAGGAAGCCUCUUAAGGUGUUUGUCCAAGUGAAUACAAGUGGGGAAGAAUCAAAAUCAGGCGUUGAGCCCUCUGAGUGUGUGGAGCUUGCUAAACACGUUAGUUUGAACUGCCCAAAUCUUCAGUUUUGUGGGCUAAUGACAAUUGGAAUGUUAGAUUAUACAUCAACACCAGAAAACUUCAAGUCGUUGGCCAACUGUAGAACUGAGGUUUGCAAGGCACUUGGAAUAUCAGAAGAGCAAUGUGAGCUAUCAAUGGGCAUGUCAGCGGACUUCGAGCAAGCUGUUCAAAUGGGAAGUACAAAUGUGAGGGUCGGAUCUACCAUAUUUGGGGCGAGGGAAUAUCCCAAGAAAAACUGAAUCUUGCUUACUGGAAGAUUUAUGAGCUUCUCGUGGUUACCAUUUUGAUGAGAUAAUCGUUGUCCAAUACUUGCCUGUCUUUGAAUAAAAUCUCACUAAAUAAAGGAUCCAACUCCAAUAAUUAUUAGUUUUCAUAACACUGUAAAGCGAGGGCUGUAUGUUCAGGUCGACACAUUUCUAUGCCAUCUGAUUACACCAUACGUUUAUGAUUUGGCCAAACUGUAAACGUUUUUUAAUGAUCUCAAAUAAUUAUUUGAAUA